GGAAAGGGAAGAAUCAGACGACGGCGCGCGCGCACGCGGCCCGGUGCGUGCCGAUCACGCGCGUCAGGGCCAUUACCACGCCGGCAUCAAAGCCGGGGCCGCGCGGCAGCGCCGGGGGAGCGCGCGCGACGGCGGGUGCCACUCCGCCUCAUGCAGGCACCGCGCGAGCGCGGCGUCGUUUUCCUCCUGGCGCCGCCGCCGCGCGAGCGCGUCGUCGUCGUCGCCGUCAGACUCUGACCAGUCGUCGUCGCUGCUGUCUGACCUCGGCCGCUUCGGCGCGGGCGCGGCGGCGUUGUCGUCGCUGAGUUCGGCCUCUUCUUCUUCCGCCGGCGCCGGAGCAGGCGGCGCGGGCGGCGCCGCGGCGGGCGCGGCCUCUUGAGCCGGCUGCGGGCCGGGCGACGGCGGCGACGGCGGCCGCGGGGCUUCCUCGCCUUCUCCUUUGAGCUCGCGCCAGGCCGCGAGGAAGCGCGCGCGCGAGACCGGCGCCCACGCUUCGAGAUUUAAAUGCUCGGAGAGCAUAUGAUCAGAGAGCCACCGCAAAUCCUCUAGCGACUCGACUACCGCUCUCACCUCGGCGCGCCGGGCGUCCGUGCCGACGUUCGUCAGUAGCCACGAGUCUAAGUCGGCCAUUUUGCCCAGGCAAAAGUUGGCGCCCAAGCUAGCGGCCUGUAACACACUAGCAAUCACGAGGAGCUCGCAUAAAAAUCGCAGCAGUGCCUUAGCCGAGGUCUGCCACGCCUCCAAGGACGCAGAGAAAGACUCCGAGCAGCCCACCGCUCGCUCCCAGCGAAGAGCCGCCAGCGCUAUGGGCAUCCGCGACUGGAAGUCCUGGCUGAGGCGCGACGACCCGCGCGAAGAGGCGACGGAGGAACUCGUCCAGGCCCUGCCCGGGUCGAAGUCCGCCGCGGAAGAUUUCUCGUUGGUGGACGUGCCGAUCCAGGGCGGCACGCUCCGCGUUUUUUUGCCGUCGCGUUUCCCACACGACAAGCCGACGCUGCAACUGCUGCAGCCGACGCGCCACGAGUUUGUGGAUCGAUAUAAUCAAGUGAAGUACCCCGGGUUAGACAACUGGUCCCACAAGACGGACAUUGUUAGCGUGGUCCGGGAGGUCGUCGAGGCGCUGCACAAGCCGACCGCGGCGCCCGCCGUGGAGACGAGGCCGAGUUUGGAACGGCCGCCUUCCGAUAGAUCGAUCCAGGCGCCGGCCGUGCCCGACCGCAUCGAUGCGGUGGAAGCGAUGUCCACGAAGGAACUGCGCUGUUUGGAUGAAGACGGCGUCCGGGACCUCGUCGAAGCGCUCCCGCAAGUGACGGUCAUGUCCCAGAUGCUCGCGGACCUACGAAACACAAACCUCGAAAGCGCGGAGCGCGUCCGCGCCCAGCGCGAGGCCGCCUCGAUCAAGGACGCGGAGGCGCAGGCGCUACGCAUGCGCCUCGCGGACGACGCGGCGGCCUACGAGGCCCUGCUCGCGCGCGCCAGGACCCUGGAGCCCGCCGACGCGCUGGCCGAGGCCGCGCGGGCCUACGAGGCGCGCGCGCGCGAGUGCGACCAGACGUCCCUCGCGGUCCUCGACCGCUGGCAGGACGGGAAGUGCGACCGGCCGACGUUUUUGGAGGAGUACGUCGAGGCGCGCGCGGCGCACCACGAGGCCCGCGUCCUGGCGAAGCUCGCGGAGAUAAAAAGGACGCGGCCGCCCCUGACGCGCGAGUCGCCGCGGCCACCGCUGCCGCCGCGGACGCGGUCGUACGGGUAAGUAGAUAUUUAGAUUU